UAUUACAGAGUUUAAAAUAUUGGCGUUUUCGUAUGUAUUUAUUGCCCAAAGAAAAUAGAGCGAUGAAUAAAAUAAUUGAACAUGGUUGCCAACACUGUGAUGUCUUCACCGAUACCGCCGUGGAUAAUACUAAGCAACAAGUAGAUGAUUUUAUGCGUUUCGUCGAAUUGCAUUUGAAUAAAUUGAAAAGACGUAAAGCACGCGAUAGUCCUACUGCACAAAGUCAUCUAACAAGAAGGCGCCACAGUACCAGCAUAAUAUCCAGACCUCCAUCUAAUCAGGGUGUUACAAAUUCGCCGUUUCGUGAACGUGUUGGCAGUAAUCGUUUGCCCGAAAAGCGACCAAGGUUUUUAUAUCAACAAUUUUAGUUUAAAAAAGAAACAAUUACCUUUUUGUUUGUUAGCCUUUUAAAAUGGUUUGGCUUGGUUAAACAUUUGUUUUUAUUACAAACGUUUGGUGUUUGCUUAAUUAAUUACUACUACUACUAUUUAUUUUUGUAUUUAUUAUUUAUUUAACUAUUCAUCAGCUUUAAAUUGUAAUAGACACGUAGCUUAAAUAUUAAAUGUUAAUGACACCUCGUAAAUUAGCUUAUAUAUCAUUUCAAUAAGUUCAAAUGCAGGUGUCUCUGUGAUACUAGACAAACAUGAUGAUGAGAAUUCGAAACUAAAUGCAGCAGAAGUAUAACUUCUAAAUAAGCUAUAAAAAUACUUAUUUUAUUUUAAGGAAAUUUUUUGAAUGCUGUUGUCAUGGUUGAAAGGUGUCAACAUAUUUAUUAUAUUCAAAUGAUUGAGGGAACUUUAAAAAGCUGCGUGUCUUUGUAUCUUUAUGUCUGCCUUAUUAUAGUUAUUAAAAAUAUUUAAAUUUAUAAAUUUAAUUUUAUAUAAGCACUUGUUUUGUACAUAUGUAGCCAGAUUAUUAAUUGAAAUACCACCGAAAAAAAUACUAAUACUGAACAAAAAG